UAUAAGGCCACAGGUGGCCAGAGUAAGCCUUAGAGCAUUAACCAACCCUGAGACAGGCCAGCCUCCAGGUCUCGGUGGGGGCCGCCAGCCAGGCAAGAUGAGGCGGUUCCUGAGACCCGGACACGAUCCUGCCAGGGAGAGGCUCAAGAGGGACCUGUUCCAGUUUAACAAGACGGUGGAGCACGGCUUCCCGCACCAGCCCAGCGCCCUUGGCUACAGUCCCUCCCUGCACCUUCUGGCCAUCGGCACCCGGUCCGGAGCGGUCAAGCUCUAUGGCGCCCCCGGAGUGGAGUUCAUGGGCCUGCACCGGGAGAACAACGCCGUGAUGCAGAUCCACUUCCUGCCAGGCCAGUGCCAGCUGGUCACCUUGCUGGAUGACAAUAGCCUGCACCUGUGGAGCCUGAAGGUCAAGGGCGGGGUGUCAGAGCUGCAGGAGGACGAGAGCUUCACUCUGCGUGGACCCCCAGGGGCUGCCCCCAGCGCCACUCAGAUCACCGUGGUCCUGCCUCACUCCUCCUGUGAACUGCUCUACCUGGGCACCGAGAGCGGCAACGUGUUCGCGGCGCGGCUGCCGGCCUUUCGCGUGCUGGAGGACCGGACCAUCAGCGUGGACGCUGUGCUGCAGCGGUUACCUGAGGAGGCACACCACCGACGGGUGUUUGAGAUGGUGGAGGCGCUACAGGAACACCCACGAGACCCCAGCCAGAUCCUGAUCGGCUACAAUCGGGGCCUUAUUGUCAUCUGGGACCUGCAGAGCGGCCGUGUGCUCCAGCAUUUCCUCAGUAGCCAGCAGCUGGAGAACGUCUGUUGGCAGCGGGACGGCCGCCUGAUCGUCAGCUCCACUGCCAAUGGCCCGUGUCCCGCCACACCCAGCCCCCCGAGCCUCUGCGCAGCGUCGUGCCUUACGGUCCCUUUCCUUGCAAAGCUAUCACCAAAAUCUUCUGGCUGACCACUCGGCAGGGGUUGCCCUUCACCAUCUUCCAGGGUGGCAUGCCUCGGGCCAGCUACGGGGACCGCCACUGCAUCUCAGUGGUCCACGGUAGCCAGCAGACAGCCUUCGACUUCACGUCCCGUGUCAUCGACUUCACCGUCCUGGCCGAGGCGGACUCCGCAGCGGCCUUUGACGACCCCUACGCCCUGGUGGUGCUGGCCGAGGAGGAGCUGGUGGUGAUCGACCUGCAGACGGCAGGCUGGCCGCUCCUGGCACUGCCCUACCUGGCCUCCCUGCACUGCUCCGCCAUCACCUGCUCCCACCACGUCUCCAGAGUGGCCUGUCGAUGGCGGCACCAGCCUGGCCCCAGCUCUGCCCCAGAGGGACCUGCUGCUAACGGGGCACGAGGACGGUACGGUGAGGUUCUGGGACGCCUCGGGCGUCUGCCUGCGGCUGCUCUACAAACUCAGCACGGUGCGGGUGUUCCUCACUGACACGGACCCCAACGAGAACCUCAAUGCCCAGGGCGAGGACGAGUGGCCUCCCCUCCGCAAGGUGGGCUCCUUCGACCCCUACAGUGACGACCCACGGCUGGGCAUCCAGAAGAUCGUCCUCUGCAAAUACAGCGGCUACCUGGCAGUGGCAGGCACGGCGGGGCAGGUGCUGGUGCUGGAGCUGAAUGACGAGGCGGCGGAGCAGGCCGUGGAGCAGGUGGAGGCCGACCUGCUGCAGGACCAGGAGGGCUACCGCUGGAAGGGCCACGAGCGCCUGGCUGCCCGCCCGGGGCCCGUGCACUUCGAGCCCGGCUUCCAGCCCUUCGUGUUGGUGCAGUGCCAGCCUCCCGCCGUGGUCACCUCCUUGGCCCUGCACUCUGAGUGUUCUGCCCCCAGCCACGGCUUUGGCCUCUUUGACCACCAGCAGCGGCGGCAGGUCUUUGUCAAGUGCACGCUGCACCCCAGUGACCAGCUGGCCUUGGAGGGCCCGCUAUCCCGCGUGAAAUCCCUCAAGAAGUCCUUGCGCCAGUCCUUCCGCCGGAUGCGCCGCAGCAGGGUGUCCAGCCGCAAGCGGCGGCCAGCUGGCCCCCAAGGAGAGGUGCAGGAGGGGCACGCCAAGGCCGAGCGGCCCGGCCUGCAGAACAUGGAGCUGGCGCCCGUGCAGCGCAAGAUCGAGGCCCGCUCCGCAGAGGACUCCUUCACAGGCUUCGUCCGGACGCUCUACUUCGCCGACACCUACCUGAGGGACAGCCCCCGCCACUGUCCGUCGCUGUGGGCUGGCACCAACGGGGGCACGGUCUAUGCCUUCUCCCUGCGCGUGCCCCCUGCCGAGCGGAGAAUGGAUGAACUCGUGCGCGCAGAGCAGGCCAAGGAGAUACAGCUGAUGCACCGGGCACCUGUGGUGGGCAUCCUGGUGCUGGACGGGCACAGCGUCCCCCUUCCCGAGCCCCUGGAAGUGGCCCACGACCUGUCGAAGAGCCCGGACAUGCAGGGCAGCCACCAGCUGCUCGUUGUGUCAGAGGAGCAGUUCAAGGUGUUCACGCUGCCCAAGGUGAGUGCCAAGCUGAAGCUGAAGCUGACGGCCCUGGAGGGCUCGCGCGUGCGGCGUGUCGGCGUGCCCCACUUCGGCAGCUGCCGAGCUGAGGACUACGGGGAGCACCACCUGGCGGUCCUCACCAACCUGGGCGACAUCCAGGUGGUCUCGCUGCCCCUGCUCAAGCCGCAGGUGCGGUACAGCUGCAUCCGCCGGGAGGAUGUGAGCGGCAUCGCCUCCUGUGUCUUCACCAAAUACGGCCAAGGGUUCUACCUGAUCUCACCCUCCGAGUUCGAGCGCUUCUCUCUCUCCACCAAGUGGCUGGUUGAGCCCCGGUGUGUGGUGGAUUCAGCGGAAGCCAAGACCCACAGCCGCCCUGGCAAUGGGGCGGGCCCUGAGAAGGCUUCAGGCCGAGCCAGGAACUCAGGGAGCCAGAGUGAUGGAGAGGGGAGGAAGCCAGGGCCGGUGAUGGAGCACGCUCUGCUCAACGACGAGAGAGUGCUCAAGGAAGUCCAGAACACGCUGGAGGGGAACCAUGGGAGCCACUGCAGCUGGCGUUCUCGUGGAGUGGCCGUGGGGUACAGUCUCAGCAAUGGGGGAGCAGAGUGAGCGGGACCAGCGGUGGUCAGGCUGUACGGUGAACACACACUACUGAGGGCCCGUCCUCGGGCUACCCCAGCCGGACAGGCCACGCACGCCGGCGGCUGGGAGCCGUAUCUACCCUGCUGCC